AUGGCCGAGUUCACGGGGAGACGAGUAAAGAUUCUGCUUGAGAAUGGGACGGAUUAUGAGGGAUUCGUACAUUCAAUGGACCAAUCAAUGGGCAAACUUACUCUUGAGAAAGUUAUCAUUCCGUCAUCAGGGAGGAAGUUUCAAGGCCUGAAACAUUUCUUCAGGGAUGAUAUCGUUUCAGUUGAUGUCUUGGAAGGACAAAUUAAAUCAAAGAAAGAAGAAAAAAAUGACUGUUUUGUUCCAGAUAGGAGGGAUCCUGGACCACGGAUGAUGUCUUGUAAAUACACUCCAUCGUACUUGGACAAACUGCAAUCAUUUGAUCCCAAAGAUAAACUGCUGAAGCGGAUAUCAUCAAAAGAGGAUCUGAAAUCUGAUUCUGAACAAACUGUAAAGCCAGAAUCAAAGAGCCCUGACAAUGAGUCCAGUGACCAGGACAUGGAAAUUACUGACAAUUUGUUUGUGGUCAUCAAUAAAGUGGAUGACAAGUUUGAUAAAGUGAUGAGAGAGAUUUACACCCACAAGAUAAUAGGAGUUGCAUUGGAAGGUGUGUGUAUAGGAAGGUCAGGAACACUCUGCUGGUUAAAUAUUGUUGUACGUCAACAAGUCUUUCUGUUUGAUGUGCUGAAAAUGGGGAAGGAAUGCUUUGAGGAAGGCCUGAAGGAUCUGUUAGAAGAUGGUGGUGUUCUUAAGGUAAUGCAUGACUGUCGACUUGCAUCUGACCUCCUCCACCACCAAUUUGGAGUUAACCUCUGUAACAUGUUUGAUACCCAGGUGGCAGAUACUUUUGUUUACCGUAUGUUUAGAGGACAUGGAAAUUGGCCACGUUAUGUGCAGAGUCUGCAGGCUUCACUGUUUGACAAUCUUGAUCUUCCACAGGAACAGAUACAGCUCAUGAAAGUCCGUGCUGCUCACAAAAAGGAGGACCAGGAGGUAUGGAUGGAGAGGCCAGCAGGGCGCCCUCUACUGGAGGCAGCAUGUAAAAAUGUAAUGCACCUUCUUGACUUGCGACUUGUCCUGAUGGAGAAAAUGAUGGCUGAGUUUGUUGCUGGUGUUGAUGUCUAUCUGUCAUACACUAGAGAUGCCAAUAAUGAUGAAGCAAAGAAACACCAGUCGUCCAUUCAUCUUCUGCCCUCAGCCUUCAGAGAUCUUGAUCGCCUUAUGUCUCACAAUUAUGAAAGUUACCGGAAAACAUGUUCUCAGGAUACCAAUGGUUUUAACGAGAACAGUCAAGGUUUGGCUGACCCUGAUGUCAUUGACAGUCGUGAUUCAAUUUGGCGUAUGACAACGAAGGACAACCCAAACAGAUUUAGAUUCAAGGGAACUAUGUACAUGGGCAAGUUUGAACAUCUGAGACUAACAGGUGCCCUUGAGGAUAAGAUAGGUACAUCUGAGGAGGAUAGGAGGAAAUUUGAUGAAAAGCAAAAACCUUCAGAAGAAUCUGGGAAAAAAGUACGAGAUCCAAUUGUACCACAUAGACACAGCUCUUCAAAUACAUACAACCAAUCAGACUUUGAACCAUCGAAAGUUUUAGAAAAUACAACUGACAGUCCCACAUCAAAUAUCUGUAGUGGCAUGAACCAGCCAUCAACUGGUACGCUUAUCCGUUCUUUAGCUAGUAAAAAUGGUGACAUGUCAGAUUCAGAUUCACUUGAAGGCAUUUCCUUGCGUCCUGCAGGUAUUUUGCAGAAAAACAAAAUAGACCGUAGAAAAAAGGGUAAAAAUUCGGAAAUAAGAUCACGGUCUUACUAUGCAGGACCACCUGACUUCAGAGAGAACCCAACUGAAAAAAGUUACCAUUCUGAGAAAGAAAACAGACUGAACAAGUGGUCUCCAGCGCAGUCUUUACAAGAAUUGACUUUGUCACCCAAGUCACUGACUAGAUCAACUCUGACAUCUAACAACACUGAGUAUAAUAGUUAUCAUAGACAAGAAACACCAGUGUCACCACCAGUGUUGCCACAGGCCACACCAGUAUCACCACCAGUGUUGCCACAGGCCACACCAGUAUCACCACCAGUGUUGUCACAAGCCACACCAGUAUCACCACCAGUGUUGUCACAAGCCACACCAGUAUCACCACUAGUGUUGCCACAAUCCACACCAUUGUCACCACCAGAGUUGCCACAGUCCACACCAUUGUCACCACCAGUGUGGCCACAGGCCAUACCAGUAUCACCACCAGUGUUGCCACAGUCAAUGCCAUUGUCACCACCAGAGUUGCCACCAGAUACAAAGAAAGUCUCCCCUCUCCAGGCAUUACAGAGCAGUCUAAAUUCCACAAAUAGUAUACUAGAAAAACAUAGGUUAUUAAACAAUGCUUUCAAAUAGUCCAAUCUGAUGUUUAAAAAACAGGAUUGAAGCAAUAUCAAGAGGAGUCUCAUGCCCAAUGUGUUCAUAUUUAAAGAUUAAAUUUCUUCUUUAUUUUUUCAGUAUUUAUUUGAAAAGAAUAGCUACCUUUUUAGUCGGAUCGAAAACCAAGGUUUUUUUUUUAGUUUUAGUCACUCCAGACAUGUGACAAUUUAGUAAGACCUAGGCACUUUUGAGUCUGUGAAGUUUAUAGUUAACAGCAGAGGUAGACGUGGAUAGGUCUUACAGAAUUUCCAAAGAUUAAAACUAACCAUGAUACCAACAUUGGAAAUAAUUCGAGAGGCAGCUAUUGUUUGGCAAUCCAGUGUUAUUUAUUUACAAUGUUGUUAAAAACAUUCUGUUGGAUUACAAAUCCUUUAGGGGUUUCAUAUCUUCCUUGUUUUUGUGAGUACACUUAAUAAAUUUAUGUGUCCACAAAAUGAUAGACAAUUACAAAUUGACAUGCAUAUUAAAUGAAAGUAAAUUUCUAGAUUAUUGUUCAAUACAAAAUUAAGUGCCCAUAAAGUUUUUGUUUCUUUACUAAAAAAUGUUGAUAAAUUUAUUCUGUAUUGUAUUCAUAAAGAAAAAAUAUAUCUUGACUCAAGUCAGACUGCUGAUUUCUCAAUGCAAAAGUAGCAACUUUCAGCAGGAGUGAAAUUUCAUUCCAAUUGUUUAUGAGUGUCGGGAAAAAACAGUGUUUUUAUGUCAAAAUUGAAUCAAAUCAUAGCAUACACGCAUAGUUAUUAGAUAGAACAUUUUUUACCUUAAAAGUGAUGUUGAUUUCCUACUUCGUUGUCAGAUAAUCAAUGGGAAACAUUUUAAACUUUUUUUUAUUUAUUGUUGAAAAAUUUUAGAAAAUAAAAGAAAUGGGUAAAACAUAAAUCCUA